AUGAGCAAUGCAUGUCAUCUGGCUGCCGCCCAAGAGCUGUUGGCAUUUGGCACUGCCACAGCACUGCUCAGUCAACUGACCUGGGCCUCCGCAAACUUCGUUCAAGCCCACACAGUGCUGCUGCUCUACACAUCUCAUCUGGCUGCCACCAAGCAGUUGCUGGCAAUUUGCGUUGCCACAACACUGCUGCGUCAACUGGCCUGGGCCGCCGCAAACUUCGUUCACGGCCACGCAGCUUUGUUGCUCCACGCACUUCAUCUCACUGCCGCCGAGAAGUCGCUCACACUUGGCAUUGCCACAACACUGUGCGGUCAACUGGCCGGGGCCUCCACAGGCCUCGUUCGUGGCCACGCAGCUUUGUUUUUGAAUGCACUGCAUCUCGCUGCCGCCAAGAAGUCUCUCGCACUUUGCGGUGCCGCAGCACUGCUGAGCCUGCUGAGAUGGGCCUCCGCAAACGCCCUGCUCAGGUACGCACUGCUGCUUGCGGACACAAACGCUUCCGACAUAGGGAUCUUUGACGAGGCACUCCAUGUUGUCACAGCAUGGCUGAGUAUGAGUCCACCGCAUCCAAAAUCUCCACUUGCAGGGUGCACCUUCGUAAGCCUGCCACUGGCCUGGCCAGCGUCCUCGAAGUGA